AUGUCAUUAAUGGCUUCCAGGAUAGAUCUUGAGGCCUCAUUCAAAUUGGGUCUCUGUUUGGGGGUUCAAUGUCAUGCUGAUUACCCAUUGCUAGUUCUAAUGCUCUUUGCUGGUGUGUUGGUGACUGGGCUUGAGGCUGCUAAACUCACUGUGGGCUUCCAGGCUCCCUGGAAUAUCUCUCAUCCAUUUAGUUUUCAAAGGCUAGGUGCAGGCCUCCAGAUUGCCAUAGACAAGGUCAACUCGGAGCCAGAGGACCUUGGAAACUUCAGCUUGGAGUUCACGUAUACCAACUCAACCUGCAGUGCCAAGGAAUCCCUUGCUAUUUUCAUCAACCAGGUGCAGAGAGAACACAUUUCUGCCCUGUUUGGACCAGCAUGCCCAGAAGCAGCAGAGAUUAUUGGUUUGCUGGCCUCUCAGUGGAACAUCCCCAUGUUUGAUUUUGUUGGACAAAGGGAAAAACUGGGGAAUAACUUCUUAUAUGACACGUGUGUGAGACUUGUGCCAUCCAAGCAGGAAAUUGGAGAGGUACUCCAGAAAAGUCUUCAGUAUCUGGACUGGAAACAUGUUGGGAUGUUUGGAGGCUCCUCCGGGGCUUCCUCUUGGGACACUGUGGAUGAGUUGUGGAGGGCUGUAGAAAAUGAACUCAAAUCCCAUGUCACCAUCACUGCCAGCAUGAGAUACACCAACAAUAAUCCAGUUCUCCUUCGAGAAAAUCUUAGAAGUGUGUCAUCAAUUGCCAGGGUUAUCAUCUUAAUCUGUAGCUCAGAGGAUGCAAAAAUCAUUCUGUUGGCUGCAGAGAACCUGGGACUCAACACUGGAGAAUUUGUCUUCAUCAUUUUGCAACAAUUGGAGGACAGUUUUUGGAAGGAAGUAUUGACAAAUCAGAAGGUGGCAUCCUUCUCAAAAGUCUAUGAGUCAGUGUUUCUCAUCGCCCUCAGCUCCUACAGAGAAGGACCCAGACAUGAAGGCUUCCAGAAACAAGUCUACCAAAGGCUGAGGAGGCCACCAUUCCACAGCCCUAUCUCUUCAGAGGAGCAGGUGAGCCCUUACUCUGCCUACCUCCAUGAUGCAGCCCUGCUUUACGCGAGGACUGUGAAGGAGAUGAUAAAAGCUGGAAGAGAUUUUCGGGAUGGGCAGCUACUGGUCAGUGCACUGAAAGGUCCCAAUCAGACCACAAUGCAGGGAAUCACUGGGCCUGUGUUCAUGGACUCCCAGGGAGAAAGGCACAUGAAUUACUCCAUCUAUGCCUUGCAGAAAUCUGGAAAUCGGUCCCUUUUUCUUCCAUUUCUUCAUUAUGACAGCUGUCAGAAAGUAAUCAGACCCACAGAGCAUUUCUCCACUUUUACUUGGCUCCAUGGCUUUCUUCCUGAAGACAGAUCUGGCUGUGGAUUUGAUAAUGAACUCUGUGAAACUGGGCCUGCUUUUACAGGUAACAACGCCUUGUCUCUGCUCCUAGGUGUGACUGCUUUGAUUCUCACGAUGACACUCCUGGUUUCUGUCCUGGGAGCUGGCAUCAUAGGUCUGAUUUUAAGGAUGCAGAGGGCAAAACUGCAGAGGCAAGAUAAAGACACCUGGUGGCAAAUCAAUUAUGACAACAUCACUGUUCUGCCCCCAAACAAGCCAUCCCAGAGAGGCACUCCUGUGUCAAGAGGCAACAGCAGCAAUGCGUCUAGUGUGAUUUCUGCAGACCUCAGCUCCUUUGCCAAGAGCCAGCAGUGGGAGGAGCUCUUUCACGUCCCAGUAGGGCUUUACCAGGGAAACCAUGUGGCCAUCCGUUAUGUUGGAGACCAAGCAGAAGCCUGGGUUAGGAGGCCCACUGUGCUGCAGGAAAUCCGGCUGAUGUGUGAAUUACGGCAUGAAAACGUUGUUCCCUUCUUUGGCAUUUGCCCAGAACCACCUAACAUCUGCAUUGUCACCCAGUAUUGCAAAAAAGGAAGCCUUAAGGACAUCUUGAGAAACUCAGAGCAUGAAAUAGAUUGGAUAUUCAAACUCUCAUUUGCAUAUGACAUUGUCAAUGGCAUGCUGUUUCUGCACAGGAGCCCUCUGGGCUCUCAUGGCAACCUGAAGCCUUCCAACUGUCUGGUGGAUGGUCGGAUGCAAGUGAAGCUGUCGGGAUUUGGGCUGUGGGAACUCAAGUAUGGCCAGACGUACAGAACAUACAAUGAGAAAAUGACCAACCACGCAGAGCUUUAUUGGACGGCUCCAGAAUUGUUGCGGCUUCCGGAGGUGCCCUGGUCUGGCACCCCAAAGGGAGAUGUGUACAGCUUUGCCAUUCUGAUGAGGCAGCUUAUCUGCCACCAGGACCAUGGGCCCUUUGAUGACCUCCAUGAAGCACCAGAUGAAAUCAUCAACCGAAUCAAAGACCCUACGGCAUCAGUUCCACUGAGACCUUCCUUGUCUGAGGACAAAGGCUAUGAAAAAAUUGUAGUCAUGGUGAGGAUUUGCUGGGACGAAUCUCCAGAGAAAAGGCCUACGUUUUCUUCCAUCAAGAAAAUUUUACGAGAAGCCAGUCCCAAAGGCCAUGUGAGUGUCUUAGACAAUAUGAUGAGCAAGCUGGAAGUGUAUGCCAAUCACCUGGAGGAAGUGGUGGAAGAGAGGACCAACCAACUGAUGGCAGAGAAAAGGAAGGUGGAGAAGCUUCUGUCCACGAUGUUGCCCAGCUUCAUUGGGGAACAACUCAUAGCUGGAAGGUCCGUGGAACCAGAACAUUUUGAAUCUGUGACAAUCUUUUUCUCUGACAUUGUUGGAUUCACAAAACUGUGUUCUCUCAGCUCCCCCUUGCAAGUCGUAAAGCUCCUCAAUGACCUAUACAGUCUAUUCGAUCACAUCAUUAAAACUUACGACGUGUACAAGGUUGAAACAAUUGGUGAUGCAUACAUGGUGGCUAGUGGGCUUCCCAUCCGUAAUGGAACUCAACAUGUAGACCAGAUUGCCACCAUGUCCCUUCACUUACUCAGUACCACCGUGCACUUCCAAAUUGGGCACAUGCCUGAGGAGAAGCUUAAGCUCCGGAUUGGUCUCCACACAGGUCCUGUGGUGGCUGGUGUGGUGGGAACCACCAUGCCCAGAUACUGCCUGUUUGGAGACACUGUAAACAUGGCGUCUAGAAUGGAAAGCAGCAGUUUCCCUCUCCGGAUUCACGUCUCUCAGAGCACUGCAGGUGCCCUGCUGGCUUUGGGAGGAUACUAUUUGCGGAAGAGAGGCGUCAUCUCAGUCAAGGGCAAGGGAGAACAAACAACUUUUUGGUUGAAAGGCAAAGAGGGCUUCACUAUUCCACUACCUGAACUCACUGAGGAUGAAGAUAAAGACACAGAAAUAUUAUGA